UGGCCGAGAAUCCCCCCAACGGUCGGCCAGUGGCGGUGGUGAAUUUCUUUGACAGCGCUGUCAAUGUCGGAAUUUCACUGGGUGGUGUCUUUGGCGUGAGAAUCCAGCAACUUUUUCUGCCCUUUUCGCCCCUAAAUAUGUGACUGGCGUGCCGCAGAACAGUUCCAACGCGUGCGUGAGUGUGCUGUGCAGUGACUUUGCGUGACAGUGCGUGCGUGAGCAGCGAGGCGGCGCCGCCAGAGCGCAAGAUUUGCGAGUGUGUUUUGUCAUCGGCCAAUGUUCUCACCUUUCGUGGCUCCGUGAAGAGCGCCUCUGUUGGCGUCUGUGGGUGGCGCUCCACUGCCGUAUUGCAGUGCCAGGCGAGCGAGAGGCGGAUUGGGGUCACUGGCGAUUCCCGCGGACAGGAGGAGCGGAGCGCCGGGCGUCCGGAGGGAGUGUCUGGGCUGCAGUGGGCUCAAUUGAUCUAAAUUGACUCGAGCGUGAUAAAUAAAUUGCGCCGACAAUGACGGUGGACUUCAAUGACUACUUCUGGGGUGAGAAGAACAACGGCUUCGAUGUUCUUUAUCACAACAUGAAGUAUGGCUUGGUGGCCAGCAAGGAGAUGACGGACUUCUUCCGCGAGCGUGGCAACAUCGAGGAGAGCAACUCGAAGAUGAUGACAAAGCUGGCCAACAAGGCGGGCUCGGGAUGCGUUCAUGGCACCUUUGCGCCCGUCUGGGCGGUGCUCAAAGGCUCGGCGGAGCGUCUGUCGUCGCUGCACUUGCAGAUGGUGCAGAAGAUCACGGAGCUGGUGAAGGACAUCACGAAGUACGCCGAGGAGUUGCACAAGAAGCACAAGACGGUGAAGGAGGAGGAGGCGGGCACGCUGGAGGCCGUGCAGGCCAUGCAGGCGUCCAUGCACGCCGUGCAGAAGGCCAAGGAGCUGUACACGAGUCGCGUGCAGGAGAUGGAGAAGCUGAAGAAGGACAAUUGCUCGCCGAAGGAGCUGGAGAAGGCGGAGACGAAGGUGCGCAAGCACCAGGAGGACUACAAGAAUCUGGUGGAGAAGCACAAUCCCAUCAAGCAGGAGUUCGAGCGCCGCAUGACGACCACAUGCAAGCGCUUCCAGGACAUCGAGGAGGCGCAUCUGAAGCAGAUGCGCGAAUUCCUCACCACGUACAUUGAGCUGCUGCAGACGAAUCACGACAUGGUGGGUCAGGUGCACACGGAGUUCAAGCGGCAGUUCGUGGAGAUGACGGUGGACAAGCUGCUGGAGCAGUUCGUGCUGAAUAAGUACACCGGAUUGGAGAAGCCAGAAAUUGUUGAGCUUGAUUUGAUGAAUUGGCCGACGAGUGCAGCUAACCAAUCCACACAAAACACACCAUCCGCAAACACAAUAAAUAACACAGGGACAGUGGAGGCGUCCGGCGGAUCCGCCGCGGCCGCGGCGAGCGCCAGCACGACGACUGCCGCGCCGGCGAAGCGCGAGAUAAACCUGCGCAAUUGGUUCACCUCGUCUUCCUCGUCGUCGGCCGUGAGUGCGGCGGCGGCGGCGGCGGCGCCCGAGCAGGAGGCGGCGGCGGCGGCGAAGGACGCCGGCCAGGAGGACGCAGGAGCGCGCGGCUCGCCGAACGCGUCGGUCGUACCAAUUUCAGGAUUCCUGAGAAAGACGAAGAAGGUGAAGAAGAAAAAGGACUCAACUGAGAAGAUUUCCAACGAGGAGAAGGAAGAGACUGUGAAGUCGGAGAGCAGUGCUGUUGUUGCCGCUGCCCAAGUGUCGAAAUCUCCGUCUCUGAUCGCCCCGACGGCGACGCCGGAAGUGGACGAGGACGGCUACAGUGUGCAACCGAGCGAGCCAAAGUGGGAAACGCUGACGAACAGUGAAAAGGGUGGCUUCUACUCCAGCUCAGACAGCGAUUCGGACGACAACGAGCGCGACCGGAAGAUUCACGUGGAGAUCAAGCCGCUGAACAACGGAACCGCCCCAAUUUCCGCCAGUGUCGAUGAAUUGCGCGCCACUGUGGAGAAUUUAUCGCUUUCGCCACUCGGCGGGGCGCUUUCUGGAAGGAGAGUGAAUGGCAGUGACGAGGCGCGCAUGAAGCGAUCAAAGUCACUGUCACAGCCUUUCGGUGGUGGUGGAAGUGUUGUUGAAGGAGCGAAAGAUGGGAGGGAUUUACAGGGCGAUCCUUCAUUUCAGCAGCAACAUCCACAGAGUCCGGCGGCGUCCAACGCUUCGACGCCCACCACGACGCAUCCUUACGCGCCACUGCAGAGUCCCACGCUCUCGGCCUCCAACAGUUCCAACAACAAGUAUGCAGAUUUGGGUGAUAUCUUCUCGGAGAUCGAGGAUAUCACGACUUCUGCGCCGCCUUCGGCCACACUGACCAAGUUGGGAAGGCAAAUUCCCACACCGACUUCAGCCAGCAGCAUUGCCAUCCCGCGGCCGCCGUCCAGGCGAUCAGAAGCAGCCGGACGCGGACGCGUGAGUCCGUCCGCGAUCUCCACGAUUUCUCGCGCGGACAGCGUCGGGAGUCUGGAGUUCCGGACUGCUGGCGUGGGAAUUGGAUCGUCCAGAGGUCCUUCGCCGCUGACGAUCGGCAUCUCGGACACAAUUCCAUUGGCUGUGGCCUUUCAUGAGAUGAUUCAUGCCUAUUUCCGCGGAAGCGACGAGAGUCGGUGUCAGGUGAAGAUGAGCGGUGAUAUGAUGCUGUCCUUCCCGGCGGGGAUUGUCGGGGUGUUUGCCAAUAAUCCCAAUCCUGCGAAGCUGGGUUUUCGCAUCAAGAACAUCCAGAAUCUCGAGAAUGUCGUCCCGAAUAAGCAACUGGUGACAAUUGAUAAACUCCAGUCGACGAGCUUCAGCACGACGCUGGAGUUCAACAUGCCGGCGCUCACGGCGCUGCUGCGUCGCCAGUCGGAGCAGAAUCCCACGGCGUCGUACUUCAACGUGGACAUCCUCAAGUAUCAGGUGCGCCAGAAGCUGGGCGCUUCGUCGUGUCCGUUUCAGCUGGUGUGCUAUUGGAAGUGCGAACCGACGCACACGGACAUCAAGAUUGACUACAAGUACAACAGUCACGCCAUGGCGGCGCCCACGCCGCUCCUCAACAUCUCCAUCACGGUGCCCGUGGACGGCGGCGUGCGCAAUGUGCAAUCCAAGCCACACUCCGCCUGGCUGGGCGAGAGCAAUCGGCUGGUGUGGAACUUCACGGACAUCUCGCAACACUCGGACAACAACGGCGUCGGCACGCUGCGUGCGCGCCUCGAAGUCACCAAUGGACCAUCGACGCCGGCCAUUCUGCAGACGCAGUUCAACUGCGAAGGCACAACGCUGUCCGGCAUCGAAUUCGAGCUCACCGGACCGGGAUACAGGCUGUCGCUGGUCAAGAGGAGAUUCGUGGCUGGAAAGUAUAUUUGCGAAGGCGACGGAAUUCGCAGCGGCGCGACGCCGACGUCGCCGCUCGUGAGCUCGCCGAAUCCCUACUCGAAGGCGGGAUAGCAAUUGGCCAGCGAACUUCUCUGAGCUCUCUCAAUUCUGCCCGUUUCGCUGUGCGACGAAGUGAAUUUAUCGUACCUUAACUUACGCCUAGGUUUAAUCCGUUGAGUUUAAUUAAUCACUUUAUCAUUUUCGCAUAAAAAAACAUUUUGCGGGAACUUGUUUUGUUUCCGAAAGUGGUGGAAAAGAAAAAUUCGAUGAACAGAAGUAUUCUUGUGAGUCCAAAAAAUAGUUUGUAAAUCAAGAGAAGAGAGAGCUUGAAUUGGCUUCUGUGUUUUUAUUUUUUUUGGAUGGAUGCGGUAAAAAAAGGGCAUUUCACUGGCUUUUUGUACAUGAAUUUAUUAUUUUGUUACUAAAAAAAAAUAGCUAAAAAAUGGCGAAAAGAGGAAACAAUGAAUGAUGUUUUAGAGAGGCGUAAUCACAUUUAUAGAUAGUAUAAAUUGGAGAAAAGAAAAAGAAAAUGAAGAUAUUGUGAAGUGAUGAACGAUGAAAUCAAAAGCAGGAGAGUUGAUUUUGAGAUCCCAUCAAUUUUUUUAAAGUAUUAUUCAUAUAUGGAAUUGUGCAUAAUAUUUGUUCUGAUGAAACACACGACAAUAUUAGUAGUCAAAUCUUAGAGAUACUCAAUCACGCGCGACAGGAUUAAACUGAAUAUAAUACAGUAACUUUGGAGGAUUAAUUUGUCCUUUGGCAGUGUUUUUUUCUUUCUUUUGAGUUUAGAAGAGUAACACGAAAGAUAUUCCACUAUGUUUUAGACAGACGAGAGAGAGAGAAAAAGGAGAGAAAUUAAUGAAUAGAUAUCAUGAUUAAAUGUUAAA